AUGGCUCUCUCCUACACCAAGGUCACUCACAACAAGACCUACGCUCAGAUUGCUCCAACCCUUCCUCACCUUUCUGCUGUCCAUAAGACGGUGCUCAUUGUGGGUGGAUCCGCUGGUAUUGGAAAAGCAACUGCCCUAGCCUUCCUUGAUGCAGGGACUCAGCGUCUAGCAUUGACGGGUCGAAGAGAGGAUGCUCUCUCCUCCACGGCUGCCGAAAUUGCCGCCAAAUACCCAAAAGCCAACGUCAUGAUUUUCGCUGUCGACGUGACUGACGCCAAAGGAAUGAACGAUGCGGUCGCCUGUGUAAAGGACCGCCUUGGCCCUGCCGACGUGAUUGUCAACUCCGCCGGCGUCGUUGGACCACUGAAGCCGCUGGCCAGCAGCGACUUAUCGACAUGGUGGUCAGCCUUUGAGACUAAUGUCAAGGGCGCCGCAGUUCUUGCGCAAGCUGUGACGAAGCACGCGUCCCCAUCAGCCACCUUUCUUCAGCUCUCGACCGCUGGCGUCUUGUUCCCUGCGAGCCCAGGGUUUCCAAUCAGUGGAUACGCUGCAAGUAAGCUGGCCGUCACCAAGAUUAUGGAGUACUUCGGCGCCGAGAACCCAAGCCUUAAGGUCAUGAAUAUUCAUCCUGGCGUGAUUGUGGACACGCCUGGCGGUAAGAAGAUGGUUGAAGAGAGUGGCGUGGAGUUCGAUGGCGAUGAUAUCAACUUGCCGGCGCACUUCCUGGUAUGGGCUGCAAGUGAAGAGGCAGUUUUCGUGAAGAACAAGUUCGUGUUCGCUACUUGGGAUAUAGACGAGCUCAAAGAGAGAAAGGAGGAGAUCAUGAGCUCGCCUGAAUUAAUUCUUGGGCUGAACGGAUUUCCGAGACAUACUUAA